AUGUUUUUGGUAUAUACACUCUACAUUUUCUGUUUAUCCACUACAUGUAGCUAUGGAAGCGAUACUACGAGUGUAAAACCUCCAGAGUCAUGUUUUACUUUGGACCUCUCUGCUCCGUAUGGAGACAGAAUCGACGUUUUAAAGGGGGCUUUUGGAGAAUAUGAUGAUGUGUCAUAUUAUCCAAACACAGGAAAUUGUAUAGAUGAGGUUAGGGAUGGACAGGAAACGAUAUGGACGGCUGAAGGAAACGACAAGUGCGUGAUGGCAUAUUCAAUCUCCAAACAAAACGGCUUUUCGCUACUAUUAUUACGUAUAUCUAAUGGGAAUGUUAGAUAUGGAGCAUUUGAAAAGGUAGAGGGCAAAUGGAAGUCCUUUAAUAAAGAAGAAUUUGAAAAUAGAUGGAAGCAUCUUGUAGAUUCCACAGCUCCAACGUCAAAAUUUCCGGAUAAUAUAAGCGACUUAGAACAUGUUUGA